AUGUGCUCGUUCACAUUACAGGUGUUAGAUCAGCUGGUGUUAGAUCAGCUUCCAAUUCACUGCUCCUCGCGGCACCUGGCGAAUACGGGAGGGGCGAUAGACCGUAGCAAUGAAAUUCCCACUCCCUCCACGCCCCUCUCCAGCCUCACGCGUUUAUGCAUCGCCUACAAAAAGGAGGAGGAGGAGGAGGAGGAGGAGGAGGGGGAGGAGGAGGAGGAGGAGGAGGAGGAGGAGGAGGAGGAGGAGGAGGAGGAGGAGGAGGAGGAGGAGGAGAACUACUUAAGCGUAAAGCCCACCUCAGGGUGCUUCAUUGGCAACCCCGAUUUAGUGAACGGAGUAUCACGUCCUGAUGCAACAGGAGAGGCAUCUGAUGCAUCUAGGCCCUCCGCCAUCGUGCCUGUACUGUAUGGUCUGACCUACGGGUCACGCUAG